AUGGUAAAUACAAAUAAAACCUCUGAGAAUGGCGAGAAGAAGGGGCCUUUUCUUCAGAAGGAUGCUCCUGUAGAAAGAGUCAGCCCAUCAGAUGCACUUAGUCUAAUGCAUGGAUGGAGAUUCGUUCCAGACGAGCUUGAAUUAAAGAAAAGAAUGCUUUAUGCAUUGGCAGUUGGAUUUGAGUGUUUAUCAAUGUGGGUGUACAAGCAGAUAAUCCCGUAUGUGGAUAAAUACGGGGGCGAAGACUUUGAGAGCACAAUUUUCCCAAAGUUACUAAGUGCCCAGGCACAGUCAAAGUACACCCUGACUGAAAUACACCAGGAAAUAGAGAGAAACAUUGUGGUGCUUGUAAAAAGAAUGUACCCAAAGCACUCUAAAAUAUUCUUCACUGAGGAUGCAACGGAAGAAGCAAUAAAUGAGUUUAGAAAUGAUGCAUCCCAGAAGGACAAGGACUGCAUUCGGGUUCUUUACUGUUUUCUGCAGCUAUUCCUGACAGAAAUUGAAGAGUUAGAUGUUCGGACAGUUGAGCUUAUUUUCUUCCUGGGGAAAGUGCUUGACUGCAGAAUAUAUGACUACUUGAUCUCGUACUUCAGCACGGAGAAGGACCUGCUCCUGGAGAUACUCGUGAACAAAAUGAAGAAUAGGCAGAUGAAUAUGCCAGAGCAAAGGCACCUGCAGGAUGCAGACAUUGAGAAGCUCUUUGGAAAACUUGAGAAAACAACGUACACAGUGAAGGAAGAAGAAGACUUAGCAAAAAAGAUACUUCUGGAUUUGUCAAAGGAGAUGGAUGUGGAUCCUGCUGUAUUCUUCAUGAUACAUGCCUUGAUGUUCAUUAAGUGCAAGCCAGACGAGAUUAUUCUUGAGAAAAUCAUCGACCAAAUGAAGAACAAAAAUAAAGCAGUGAGAGGCCAGUGCACGAUUAUUCUGCAGGCCUUCUCAAAGUACGAAGGAGUGACAGAAACCUUGAUAAAGGCCCUUGAAGAUGCAGAUGACGACAUAAAGCACCAGGCAAAGAUAUCCCUGGCAGUGGCAAUCCCGCAGGUAGUAGAAAGGCAGGCAGAAUUAAUAGACCUAUAUGCAAAGUGGAUAGAAGAGGAAGAGUGCAAAUAUAUUGAGCAACUACCGCAUAUCCUCAUAGCCGCAAAAAACACAAAUCACCCAAAGCACACAGACUUGUACAAGGCGUAUUGCAGAAUUAUACAGAAUACCUCUGCCCAGAUGCAGGUGAUUCUUUUAAAUAAAGCAGUAGAGAUAUUUAGUCUCUACAUAAAAUCAGAGGACUUAAUCAUGGAAGAAAUAAAAGAAAUGAAAAUAGAAGACAAAAAAACAGGAAUAGAAUUUCCAUCUCCAGAUCUCACAGAGAAUGCAGAGGUGCACUCCUACUCAGCAGAUGAUGCUGUAUCAGACUUAGAAAGACUCCUUAUGAUCCUGGCAGGACAGGAGGGAACAGUUGAUGAAACAAUAAAAAUACUCCCCAAAAUAUCCAAACUAGUGACAAGUUCAUUCCCUUCAAGGCUGCUUCUGUCGCUCUAUGAAAGAGACCCAAAGAGAAAUUGGAGGUAUUGGACCUGUCUACUAAAUACAACAGAAAGCAUGAAGAGCAUUCUGUCAGACACAAACAAAGAAAAGAUACUGGAACACAUAAAAAAACUCACUAAACACUGGGCUAGUGCAGUACGGAAGGCAGCGCACCAGACAGAAAUCCUGUUUGCAUGA